AUGGAGGAACUUCGCCGCAUCGUGGACAAGAACAACAGCAACUACAUUGCUGAACUGAAAGAAAGAUGGCACGACUUCUGCCAGAAGGUCUUGUUUUAUGGCGUGACCAAAAGUAAGCACCGAUGGCUGUCAAAUCAUAAAAUUCAGUUUUUAAAUUUAGCUGUUCCAGAUUCAGGGUGCAUUUCAAUGUGUAAAUGUAAUGAAUCUUUUCCUCUACAGUUGAAAAUGCUCUCAUGAUCCUCCGUGCACUGCCAUCACUGUUCCCCUCUCCAUCUACGGCGAGACCCGAGUGAGGCUCUAGUGUAUGUCCUGGAGGUGAGCUGUGUACAAUUUUACACUAUCUGUUCAAAGCAAGCACAGCCUGUCAUGUUGAAAUAGUUAAACGUGAAGGUCUUAACUUAACAAAGAUGUUGCUGGCUUAGGUUUGAAAAAGAAGACUUUAAACAAUAAAAAGAGUCUGCACGCCAAUUUUAUUAACUCACUGCUUCCUUUACUUGCUUACUUUAAUUGGUGUGCAGACUGUUUUUAUUGUUUAAAGUAUCACUGUUUGGAUCCAGCACCCAGCCAUAUUUCCCAUUUGAGGUGCGUGUCUCGGCUAUUUUGGCCUUUUUUCUAUUAUAAAAAGAAGACUGAAAUGAACCUUGAAACAAAAGUCCAUUACUUGAUAGAAGGGAUGUGUGCAUGUGUGUGCUUUUGUGUUUUAGGACAAAGACCCCAAUGCCUACUUGAAGAAGCGUCCUCUGUCCUGUCCUGUGCUGCUUGUGAGUGAGUCCAACUGCCUCCUGGCUAUAGGGGAUGAGCCCAUACAUACACUCUUAAGAUGUGAGGCUGUGGAUGGUGUUUUGUACCUUAUGGCCAACUAUUAUGCCAUACACCUUACAUACCCCAAGUGUGUAGCCACUCUGCUUUCUGUCAUACAAACAGAAGUCCUCUUGGACAAAAUCCAUGAGGGAGACCUCACUCCUUCUUACAAGAAGGCCAUUGCUGAUUGGAAAGCUUUCAACAACCCAAGGCAAUAG